AUGGCAAACGGCAUACUCAAAGUCAAAGGCACUGAAGUGGUAGACAAAGAUGGCAAGCCUGUCAUCCUCCGCGGGGCGGGACUUGGCGGAUGGAUGAACAUGGAGAACUUCAUCACUGGUUUCCCUGGUCACGAGACCCAUAUGAGAGAAUGUAUGCUGGAAGUCUUGGGCGAGGAAAAGUACGAAUACUUCUUCGAUCGCCUGCUGUACUGGUUCUUCACCGAGGAGGAUGCCAAAUUCUACAAGUCGUUGGGCCUGAACAGCAUUCGAGUACCGUUCAACUAUCGGCAUUUUGAAGACGACAUGAACCCCAAGGUAUUGAAGCAGAGUGGGUUUAAGCAUCUGGACCGGGUUGUCGACGUCUGCGCAAAGGAAGGUAUCUACACAAUCCUGGACAUGCAUGUACUGCCCGGAGGACAAAGUCCCGGCUGGCACGCCGACAACCGGACGAAUCACCCACUGUUCUGGGAGCACAAGGACUUCCAAGAUCGUACUGUCUGGCUAUGGGAAGAACUGGCCAAGCAUUACAAGGGCAACCCCUGGAUUGCUGGAUACAACUUGAUUAAUGAGCCGGCCGACCCCAAACAUACUCGCCUCAUAGCUUUCUACGAACGAUUAGAAAAGGCAGUCAGGGCAAUUGACCCAGAGCACAUCUUAUGGCUUGACGGCAACACUUUUGCGGCAGAGUGGCGAGGCUUCAACGAAAACACCAUCCUACCCAACACAGUAUACAGUCUUCACGACUACAGCUUCAUGGGCUUCCCAACGGGCGAUCGAUAUAAAGGUACAGAGGAGCAAAAAGAUCGCUUAAGGUCUCAAUUCCUCCGAAAAUCUGAGUUCCAACGCAAGCACAACACCGCAAUAUGGAACGGCGAGUUUGGACCCGUGUACGCCGAUCCCAAGCAUGACGAGGAUGCAGAGGCGAUCAAUCAGGAGAGAUACAACUUGCUAGGCGAGCAAUUGCGAAUCUACGACGAGCACAAGAUUCCCUGGGCAAUAUGGCUAUACAAGGACGUCGGGUUGCAGGGUAUGGUGCACACAAACCCUGAUUCGCCUUACAACAAACUGAUCGCACCAAUACUCGAGAAGAAGAAGAAGUACCAGCUCGAUUCAUGGGGCAAGUACCCCUCCAAGGAGGUCGCUGCUGUCAUUGAUCCGGUCAUUGAAUUCAUCGACAAAAUCAAUCCCCGGGCGACGGACAUCUACCCAUCAACUUGGGACACUCGCAAACAUGUUGAGAGAGUCGUGCUGCAGAUGUACUUGGCCGACUCAUUUGCCCAAGAAUACGCGGAGCUGUUCAAGGAUAAGAGCAAGGAGGACUUGGAAGAGCUUGCGAAGAGCUUCAGCCUCGAGCAGUGUCUGAAGCGUGAUGGGCUGAACAAGAUCAUGUCUGAUCAUGCUGCGUUGGUGCAGAGCUCAUGA